AUGGCCGUGCAGGCAGAUCGACGCAAGCUUGGUUUGGCUGAAAUGCUCGUUAAUGCUAUGAAGCAGACAGCACGCGCAGAAGGCUUGGAAGCCUUGAUUGUUCCCUUGCGCCCAACUAGAAAAGCGGAGUUUCCUUUGGUCCCUAUGCAAGAUUAUAUGACCUGGAAGUGUGAAAAAGUACCCAGCACUGUUCCGGCUGGCAUAUCAUCUUCCAUGGAUAAUAGCCAACCUACCAAGCAGGAGCUUCCGGUCGAUCCAUGGCUGCGCAGUCACAUCUCUCUCGGGGGUACUAUGGUCAAGGCCGCGCCGUACACUCUGUGGCUUAAAUCCGAAGUGCUUGAGAAAAUCGCUCCUUGCCUGCUUAAAAGUUACAACACAGACCCUGGCGCUAUCGAUUUUAAGAAUCUCCUGAGUCUUAAGAGGGAAGCAGGCAUGAAGUCGAUAAGCCCGCGACGCCAGCCACGUCGCUCCAUCAGAAUUCGAAAUUUACGCCAGAUGCGAGACUGA